AUGAUGGUCUCAAGACCCGUUGCCCAAUUGCCCGGCAGCCAGCUGCCGGUGGCCCAGCAGCACCCCUCGCAGUCAUCAUCAUCCUCAUCGACGACCACCUCAGCUUCUGAGACUACGGCGCCGCCGGCGACAUCGCUUCUGGUGGCCACCACAUCAACCCAGGCUCAGCUGUCGAGCCCUCAGCAACUAGCCAGCCCCAUUCAGGUGGCGACAAAUUCCGCUUUUCGGCCCAUCGUCCCGCACACGCUGUCGCCAAAUGAUGCGAAUGCCAUCGGUGGCGAUUCAUUUUUCCUCUCCGCCAUUCACUCAUUCGUACUGUCAUCUCCAAGCGAUGACUCGGCCAGCGACUCCAACCACUCGUCAUCGGAUAGAGGCUGUAACGAGGAGUUCUCGGCCACCACUCUGCUCUGUCAAGUAUGCUCGGACAAGGCUAGCGGAUUCCACUACGGCGUGUUCGCUUGUGAGGGAUGCAAGGGUUUCUUCCGCCGAUCUAUACAACAGAAAAUCCAAUAUCGCCCAUGUACGCGAAGUCAGGAGUGCUUGAUCGUUCGCAAUAAUCGCAAUCGUUGUCAGUACUGUCGACUAAAGAAAUGCAUCAUGGUCGGAAUGUCUCGAGAUGCUGUUCGUUUCGGACGUGUCCCUAAACGAGAGAAGGCAAAGAUGGUGGAAGAAAUGCAAAGAACAUCGGCUCAGUCUCAGCUUGAUGCUCUAGCGGUCCAGUUCGAGAACGAAGCGGAUGCCAUUGAAAGAAUAGCCGCUGCUUUUACGUUGCUAUGUGGAACGGUCGAAACCUGCGUUGUCCCAUUACCGAACGGUCGCUGUCCGCUGCAGUUUCAUUCAUAUCUGACAGCAAUCAAAGCUGUUGUUGACUUUGCAAACACAAUUCCCGGAUUUCUAUGCUUGGCACAAGCAGAUAGGAUCCAGCUUUUGAAGAGUUGCGUGUUCGACGUGCUCCUACUGGCUUCCGCAUCUCGAGGUCCUGGCGCAGAGACGGCGCUGCCAGCUUCACCGCUGCUGACGCACUCACUGACACACUUCUCGCACCGCUUACGGACACUGCCGGUUGGCUGUGCUUCUCUGCUGACGGCCUUGGCAGUCUGCCAACAAGAUGUGCUGCUGCCGCUUCCGUCGCUGUCCACACGUCUGGUCGAACGGCUAUGGUGGUUGAUGGCGCGAGUCGGCGGCCCGGCUACGCUGGCGGUCGCACCUUCGCUGCUGGCCGAUGUUCGCACUCUCCGAAUGUGGCACAACGAUCGGCUCCGAACACCUCCGCCGGUUCCGACGUGCGUGCCGAUUCCUGCGCCAGUGGCCGUCGAUGUGUCGUCUCCGGCGAGGUCAUUCCGCGAAAGGCACGCGUCCAUCGCGUCGCUUCUGGAGAAGCCGCCAGUCUGCUUGCUCUCUCCCCGCUCUGUCUCCAGCGAGCCGAGCGUGAAAACCGAGAUCAAGCAAGAGGAGAACGAGGAGCCGCUGAACCUCUGCACGCGAGAGGACUCGAAAGACAUCAAAGUAUGGAGCUCUGCGCCACCCGCAUGUUCUCCGAGAAGUGUAUCAGUCGCUCGGAGGUAGGCAGCUUGCGGCUGCUUCCACUUCCUUUCCUACCACUUACAGUGCAGCACAUGACGCGAGCGAAUUCCUUUCGAAAGCGACCUGAAAUUGCUGCUUGUAAGUGUGUUCCUUGGUAGCACUGUAGAUUUUUUGGACACAGUUUUCACCUAGUUAACAUAGUUAUAAUUGCACUUUUUCUUAAGUUUUCUCGAGCUUUUUACGAUCCGGUUUUCCAUGAUAGGUGACGAAUAGGAUGCGUUGGUCUCUUUGUUUGCCUCAUAUAAUAAUUUUGUAUCUUCUUCAGCGUAAUGUGACGAGGGGUGGUACCAAUUUUUUUUAUUUUUUCUUGCAAAAGUAGCAUUUUCUGAAAUCUGGGAGGGCUAGGUCAAAAUCGCUUUUAGUAGUUGUGGACUCGUCAAUGAAAACGUGUCUCACAUAGUGGCUAGCUUAGUUCCUUGACCGCCCCCUGUUUGUCUCAGUGUCCCUUGUCUGGCCUCAGCUUUGUCAUCUUCUUUUAUUAUGUCUGUUACACGUUUGUUGAUGUUCUGAUGUUUUGUAAAAUCAGAUUGACUUUUCCUGACGGGAUUCGUACGUGUAAAUAUACUCUUGCAGAUAGAAAAUAAAUCUAAAUGUGAAA